GUAUGACCGAGAACCCUAGCUAGAUUCGUUUGAAUUUGAGUUUGAGUUUUCAUUUGGACUGGAUCCGAACCCACCCUUAUCAUCGUCGCUUUGAUUUGAUUUGAUUUGAUUUCGUCUCUAAUAUAUCUAUCUAUCUAACUAAUGGCUUCGACUAUCCGAUUCGAGGGUUCCAAGCAGCAGCAGCAGCAACACUACGCCACCAGCAGCCUGGUUGUCGGCUACGCCCUCUGCUCCAGCUUGCUCGCCGUGAUCAACAAGUUCGCCAUUACCAAGUUUAAUUAUCCCGGCCUCCUCACAGCACUCCAGUACCUCACUUCGGCCGCCGGCGUCUGGAUUCUCGCCAAAUUGGGGUUUCUCCACCACGAUCCUUUCACCUUCGACACGGCCAAGAAGUUCUUGCCGGCGGCGCUGGUUUUCUACCUUGCAAUCUUCACCAACACCAAUCUGCUUCGCCACGCCAAUGUCGACACCUUCAUCGUUUUCAGAUCCCUGACUCCUCUCCUCGUCGCAGUCGCCGACACCGCUUUCCGGAGGCAGCCAUGCCCUUCCAAGCUCACAUUCCUCUCCCUGGUGAUCAUACUGGGCGGUGCUGUCGGAUAUGUGGCCACAGACAAUGGCUUCACCUUGACCGCCUAUUCCUGGGCCUUCGCCUACUUGGUCACCAUUACCACUGAGAUGGUUUACAUCAAGCACAUGGUAACCAAUCUGGGGUUGAACACUUGGGGAUUUGUGCUCUACAACAACCUGCUCUCCUUGUUGAUGGCUCCCCUCUUUUGGCUCAUCACAGGGGAGUAUGCGCAAGUGUUUUCUGCCAUUAAUUCCUCAUCAAACGGCAUCGCGGAUUUGUUCGAACCCGCAGCCUUUUCCGCCGUGGCUUUAUCCUGUUUGUUUGGAUUGCUCAUCAGCUUCUUUGGAUUUGCAGCUAGAAAGGCUAUUUCUGCGACGGCAUUUACAGUGACGGGAGUGGUGAAUAAAUUCCUUACUGUGGCAAUUAAUGUGAGUAUUUGGGAUAAGCAUGCUACUCCCAUCGGUUUGAUCUGUUUGCUCCUAACCAUUGUUGGAGGGGUUCUCUACCAACAGUCUGUUACCACCAGAGGAGGAAUUGGGAGGCAAAGCGGAAGUGACGCAGAUAGAGAUGAAGAAAAAAGGAUUCCUGGUAAAACUAGUGGUGUAUGAACAACAUAUUUUGCUUGAGGAGGAGGAGGAGGUACUAUCUUAAUCUUAACGUAAAUAAAUGUAUGCCCACUAAUGUUUGUCGUGCUUGCGAGUAACUUGUAUCAUUUGCAUCUAUCUAUUGAUUGUUAAUCUGA